AUGAAGUGCUGAAAGGGGGAAGAAGUGAGAGAACAAGGCAGAGGAGUGCAAGAUGAACUGAUGUCAUUACAGAUGUGUAUCAGAAUGUUGCCAUGACAUCAUCACUUGGACAUAUCUCUCCCUCCCUUCUCCCUGCCUCUCUCCAUCUGUCAGUCACCCAGAGCUACACACUGCUUGGGAGCAAGGACAGACACACAGACAUUCACACACAGCAAGCUCUGAGAUCCCAGAGAGCAGCAGGUUUACACUUUACAGAAAGGGAACUGGUGGGAAAUAACUGAUCCAGGAGGACAGGCUGAGAGGAGAUCCAGAAGCUGUCCAGAAGGAGGUAUACAGGGAGAGUGAGUGGGAGCCAGGCUGCUGCACAGCACAGAGAGUGAGGCUCCUAACCUGCCUUGCUGUCAGUAUACCAGGUGAUUCGUGCCCUGUUCCCUCUCUUACAAUGUCCUCCCCCCUCACUCUGUACCUGCUCGUCUUGUGUUUUGGGGUCUCCCUCCCUGCCCCACCGUCCACCACAACUCAAUGCGCAGAUGCUGGGGUCCAAUCUCUCCUCAAGCGCCUGGAAAUUUUGGAAAAGUUGGUAAGAGACAUAAAGGGACAAUGCACCCCUCCCUGCUGUGCGAAUUCACAGACCGGUGCUGAUGACCCUUCAAGUCUCAAAUCGCCCCCAUGUCCACAGGACCUUGAAGACUGUCCAGGUGGUUGUGGCGGAGAUUCACAAGGAGUGUGUGUUGAUGGGCAGUGCCAGUGCAAGGAGGGCUAUAUGGGUGACAGAUGCCAAUUACGGACAUGUCCUGAGGAUUGCAAUGACCAGGGUCGCUGUGUGGAUGGACGAUGCUACUGUUUUGAGGGCUACUUUGGCUUGAAUUGUGGCUCAAAAGGCUGCCUAAAUAACUGUCAAAACCAUGGCCAGUGUGAAGAUGGAGUUUGUGUUUGUGACUCUGGUUUUCUUGGUGAAGAUUGUAGCAUUAAAACUUGCCCCAGUAAUUGUCUUAGUCGUGGGAAAUGUGAAAAUGGAGUUUGCGUAUGUGCUUCUGGUUUCACCGGUGUGGAUUGUGGAAUAAGAACCUGUCCCAGGAACUGUCAUAAUCGUGGCAGAUGUCAAAAUGGAGUCUGUAUUUGUCGUACAGGAUUUACUGGUGCGGAUUGCGGCUCCAGACUCUGCCCUAAUAAUUGCCAGCAGCGUGGCCACUGUGAAGAUGGAGUUUGUACAUGCAAUCCUGGAUUUACCGGUGUUGACUGCAGCUCAAAAACAUGCCCCAAUGACUGUCAAAACAACGGCAGAUGUGAGAAUGGUGUCUGUAUCUGCGAUUUUGGAUUUUCUGGAGUUGAUUGUAGCUCAAGGCCAUGCCCAGAGGAUUGCAAUGAACAGGGUCAAUGUGUAUCAGGAGUGUGUGUGUGUGACACUGGCUUUAUUGGAGAGGACUGUGGAACUAGGAUUUGCUCAGAAGAGUGUGAGAGGAAUGGGCGAUGCGAAGAUGGGGAGUGUGUCUGUGAUCCUGGCUACACUGGGACAGACUGUGAGAUUAGGACAUGUCCCAAUGAUUGCCACAGCCGGGGAAGGUGUGAUGAUGGAAAAUGUGUCUGUGAUUCUGGAUAUACUGGACUAGAUUGUGGGUCAAGAACCUGUCCUAACAAAUGUCACAACCGGGGUAGAUGUGAAGAUGGAACCUGCAUUUGUAAUUCUGGAUUUUCUGGACCAGACUGUGGAUCUAAAAUGUGCCCUAAGAAUUGUAGUGGGAAUGGCCAGUGUGUGAAUGGUAAGUGCGUGUGCGAUGCUGGGUUCGUUGGACCCGUUUGUGGGACCAGGACCUGUCCUGUUGGAUGUGCUAGACAUGGUCGAUGUGUGAGGGGAAUGUGUGUCUGCUCUCCUGGGUACACAGGACCAGACUGUGGAUCAAGAACCUGCCCUAAAAACUGUCUAAACCAAGGAACUUGUGAAGACGGAACAUGUGUUUGUGAUUCUGGAUAUACAGGUUUAGAUUGUGGAACUAGAACUUGUCCCAAUGACUGCCACAACCAGGGCCAGUGUGAGGAUGGGACUUGUGUCUGUGACGAUGGAUACACAGGUGUUGAUUGUGAACUCAAAUCAUGUCCCAAUGACUGCUACAAACAGGGACAGUGUAAAGACGGGGUGUGCAUUUGUGAUUCUGGGUAUACUGGUUUGAAUUGUGAAUUAAAAACAUGUCCAAAUGACUGCCACAAUCAUGGGGAGUGUAAAGACGGAGUUUGUAUCUGUGAUUCUGGAUACACUGGUCUAGAUUGUGAAUCUAAAACCUGUCCCAAUAACUGUAACAACCGUGGACGAUGUGAAGAUGGUGAAUGCAUUUGUGAUUCGGGUUACACUGAUCUAGACUGUGGAUCCAGAACAUGCCCAAAUGACUGUCAAAACCAUGGAAGAUGUGAUGAUGGAGAGUGUAUCUGUGAUUCUGGAUAUAGUGGUCCAGAUUGUGGUUUAAGGACAUGUCCCAGUGACUGUAACAACAGAGGCAAUUGUGUUGACGGACUUUGCGUAUGUAUUUCUGGAUACUAUGGCCCAGAUUGUGGAUUCAAAGCUUGCCUUAAUGACUGUAACAAUCGUGGGCUGUGCGAAGAUGGAGUGUGUAUAUGUGAUUCUUGGUACACUGGUCUAGAUUGUGGCUCUAGGUCUUGCCCAAAUAACUGUCAGAACAGGGGCAGGUGUGAUGAUGGAACAUGUGUCUGUGAUGCUGGUUUUGCCGGUUCGGACUGUUCAUCUACAGCGUGCCCAGACAAUUGCCACAUAAAUGGCCGCUGUGAGGAUGGAGUCUGCAUUUGUCGUCCUGGAUACACUGGCCUGGACUGUGGAUCCAAGGCUUGUCCUAAAAACUGUAAUGACAAUGGUCAGUGUGUCAACGGGAAAUGUGUCUGCAACCUAGGAUUUUCGGGACCCGUUUGUGGAGCCAGGUCUUGCCCUAGAAACUGUGCAGGACGUGGGAAGUGUAUCAACGGGAUCUGUGUGUGCAAGAAAGGAUAUGGAGGUGUAGACUGCGGAGAGGUAGUAACAGAAAUCACGGCUGUCACUGGAUUACAAGUGACAUCUCAGGAAGAGUCUGCAGUGACCCUUGAGUGGGACCAGCCACAGUCUACCCCCGAUUCAUACGAAAUCUCAUUCAAAGCCGAGAAGGAGAAUGGUUUAAUACAAACCACAAUUGAUGGUUCUCUCACCACAUACCGUCAGAUUGGCCUGGCUCCUGGGGAGGAGUACAUUGUGACCAUUCAGCCUCGCAAAGAUCAGACUUUGGGUCCUGAUACAUCCAUAAAUGCAACUACAAGAAUUGAAGCCCCUCAUGGUCUCAGAGUAACAGAUAUCACCACAUCCUCCUUCCUCUUGAGAUGGGAUCGACCACAGAACCUUCCUGACAGAUACAUUAUUACAUUGGUGACUCCCAGUGGGAAGGAAAGGAAGUUGAAAGUCCCUGGAAAAGGAGACAAAGCAAGACUUACAGGACUGGAAGAAGGGACAAAAUACAGAGUCCUCUUGAAAGCGGAGAAGGGGCAGGAGCAAAGUGAAGCAGUGGAGACCCUUGUAAAUACAGCUUUUGGCAAGGAAAGAAAACGUCUGGAUGUAGUGGAUGAGCACAGGGUACAAGAACCAGAGGUGACAUCUCAAAGUAAUAAUAGACUCGAAAAAACUCUACCCUCACAACAAAAAACAAAACACCAUCCCGCAUCACCUAGAUCGACUGUCUCUAGUGGGGAGGUUGGAGAAGAUAGUUUAAACACAGAUGAAAGUAAAGAGAUCAUUGCAGAAGAACAAAACCAAAAGGGGGGUAAAACCAUACAUACCACAAGGAGACAGACACAUACUAUCACUACCUUCAUUAAUAGGUACUAUACAAUUUACCAUGAAAAUGGAAGUGUGUCUGUUCUCAAGAAAGCUGAAGAAUUUGAUGAGAAGAAACCUCUACACAAACUUGUUAAUGGAGAAGACCAAGAAGUGAUGACCAGUGUGGUUGAAGAGGGAGAUGUAGAAGAUGGACCAUUGACUCAUAUAAGAGAGAAGAUACCUGGCAGCAAAGUGGGUGGAUGGGUUGUCACAAGAAACAUUACACAUUUUGGAUCCCCUCAAAAGGUGAACCCUCAUACUCAAUAUCCUGAAACGGAAAAUAGUGGACUGAUAAUAACAUCUGCUACUACUUCUGAAGAAGGGUUACUUGGUGUGGGGUCGUCUGCAAAGGAGACUACAUCAACUUCUGGGGAGGUUGGAAUAAGGGUCAAACCUUAUAAAAAGCCUUCAUCCCAACAUAAUUUGCAGUAUCCUAAAAUCGAGAAGCAAGUAGAUGAAUUAUCUAAAGAAGUUGAACCAGGAACAAUAUUUGGAAUUAAACAUGAACUUGCACAAUCUGGAGUCGAAAGCCAAACAAAUGCCACUGAUGACCCAAAAUAUAGCACCAAAUCUAGACAGAACAAUAAGAUUUUUCAUAGAGUAGUUAGCAUUUCAAAAAAGGUUGAACGGUAUGAGAAUGGGAAACUCCAAAAUGAGACAAAAGUUCAAGAAGACCCUGAUAAGGUAGUAACAGGAAUAAAAUAUAAAAACCAAACUAAGAAAUUACCAUUUUUUGCAGGAUCAAGCAUGAAAGCAGUUAUUGAAAACCUACCAGAAAAACUCUCUCCAUUCAAUGGAACUUUUAUCCAACGCUUAGAGAGUUACUUGCGAGCCACUUCCUAUCCAUUAAGGCCCAAUCAGACAGUGGAAUCUGUGGCUCAAGCUAUAUUUCUGUAUCUUGUGAAAUGGAAGCCCCAUAACUUUACAGGAAUGGUGUAUGAUCGCCUCCCUCAAAAAACUCCAGGUGCAUCAGGGAACCCAGAACCUGCUGGGACUUCAAGAUUGCAAGGGAAUGUUGGGAGGGUAGUGAUGGAGAGUGAUGUUGACAGUUUGGGAAAUGCUACAGACAGGAUACACGAGACAUCAGCGUUAGUUCAAAAAGGCAAAAAAAUAAAGACCCCAGAAAACACACCACAACCCUUUAUGGAUAUAGAAACCCUAGGAAGAGUAGAAGCUGUAGGUGAGGUAGGCACACCGACUUUGUUAAAUGCACAAACACAUAGUUCUUCAGAAGGAAAUGAAGAUGGAGUAAUAGUGAAAACCACCCUUGAUGUACAUGAUAGACAGAUGUAUGAAGAAGACAUCUCAAAGUCUGGUUCCUCCAAAACAGUAUUAGAUAAAAAACAUACCAAGAAACCCUAUAAUAAUAUGCCAGUUCCAAAAAAUGCCACAAGUGCACAAAAAAAACAGCAGGUGGAUGAAACGAAAACAAAAAAAACAGCAAUAAAACACGAGAAAGAAUCAGAUAAACCUGAAACUGAGAAAAGUGUUACACCUGGAAUUGGCACAUUGGAGAGUUCAUCUUAUCAUAUCCCUGAGAUUAGAGAGGAAGAAAAAGGUAACAGUCUUACACAUUCUUCACAUCUUAAAAAUAAAUCAAGAUCUAUAACGGGGGGAACCAUAGAAGAACAUUCUAACUAUAAUAUUAAGGAGAAAAUUCUGCUGGAAGAUAAAAGGGACCACUUGCCAGUUGUAACGGAAAAGGACCCCAACAUUCACAGCAAAGUAAUACCAUUGAGGCAAGAAUCUGGGAAGGACAUAUUAACAGAGGAAGAGGAGGAUUUGAGAAACAUACACCUUAUAGAUGACAGCUUGUUAAGUAGUGAAACUAACAAAAAAAAAUUACCUUUCGAGAAAAGAGAAGAAAGAAAGAAGGAAACGGGCCAAACAAAACUGGUGGUGAACAAAAUUGAAGGGUUCAUAGAAGAGCAAGAAAAAAACAAGCCAACAAAAAGCCCAUAUGCAGUCAAAGUGCAUGGCCCUGGUCGUCAAGGCAGACCCACCAUUUUACAAAGAAAUUCCACCACCCUUGUAAUUUCUCUAGAAGGUUUAGGUAUUGUCUGGGAAAAAGUGCUGGUUCUCUAUCAUCCACUGCAUUCAACUACUAAGAUUGCUCCAAGCAAACUGGAGGUGGAAAGAGGUGUCAGAGAGGUGGAGAUCGGGGGUUUAGAACCAGGAACCAGCUACCGAUUUGAUCUUCAUGGGAUAGUGAAAGGCCGCUCCUCAAAAUCCUUCUCACUGGUGACUGACACAGAUGUGGUGCCGACAACAGUCCAACCAGAAGUCGAGACGACCACUCAAUCAACCACUCCACCACCAGAAGUGGUCAUUAGCACAGCAGCUCCAGUCACUCAAAAGCCCGUCGGGAUAGUGGCUCAGAUGGGGGCCCUACAAGUGCGAGAAGUUACGAGUGAAACUGUUACUCUAGUUUGGAAAGCCAGACCUGGAGUAUAUGAAACCUUCUUGAUACGAUAUGAAGAUGUAACGGAUAUCUCAAAACCACAAGAAACAUCUGUUCCUGGAGACCAACGAGAGGUGACACUGAGUGACCUGAGUCAGAACACCAGAUACUCCGUGUCGGUUUAUGGAGUGAGAAAUGGAAAGCUAUCAAGACCCUUGAAAGUGGAGGUGACAACAGACUCUGAUCCAGACAGAGGCACUUCGCCUAGGCUCUCCCCGAUUGCUGUGUCAGAAAUCCAGCCAGACUCUUUCCUUAUGUCAUGGGAACCCCUGGAUGGAGAUUUUGAUUCCUAUAUAAUUCAGUAUUUCCCUCCUGGAGGUCCAAGGCAAGAAAUUACUCUACGAGGUGAUGAGACAUCUUAUCGGAUCACUGAGCUGAUUACCAAGGUCAAUUACACAGUAGAGAUCCGUGGAAUAUGGGGAGACAAGUACAGUGAGGUAGAAACCGUCUACGUAUCAACAGAAAAGCCUCUGCCUCCCCGGAUGGAGUCUCUCUCCUUGUCUGAUGUCCAGAGUGAUUCUGUCCGCCUCACCUGGGAGGUCCAGGGUGGAGAAUUUGAUUCUUUUCUCCUUUAUUACCGGGAUGGAGAAGGAAAACCUCAGGAGAUUCCAUUGGAUCGGGUUCUCAGAACAUUCACAAUCAGUGACCUGAAGCCAGGAAAGAAGUAUAAGUUUGUGGUGUAUGGAAUUGAAGAUGAAAAAAGAAGCAAGCCAGUAACAGUGGAAGCCAUUACAGAGAAGCUUCAACCACCUCGACUGGAGUCCUUCUCUGUAUCUGAUAUCUACACUGAAUCCGUUCGCCUCAGUUGGAAAGUUCACAGCGGUGAAUUUGACUUCUUCCUUCUUUAUUAUCGUGAUGCGGAGGGAAAACCCAAGGAAGUAACUCUUGAGAGUGAACUUCGCAUGGUUGAAGUUGAUGACUUGAGACCUGGAAAGAAGUAUAAAUUUGUUCUUCAUGGUGUCUCGGGUGGAAAGAAGGGCAAGGGAGUGAUAGUAGAGACCACUACAGACUCUGAUCCAGACAGAGGCACUUCGCCUAGGCUCUCCCCGAUUGCUGUGUCAGAAAUCCAGCCAGACUCUUUCCUUAUGUCAUGGGAACCCCUGGAUGGAGAUUUUGAUUCCUAUAUAAUUCAGUAUUUCCCUCCUGGAGGUCCAAGGCAAGAAAUUACUCUACGAGGUGAUGAGACAUCUUAUCGGAUCACUGAGCUGAUUACCAAGGUCAAUUACACAGUAGAGAUCCGUGGAAUAUGGGGAGACAAGUACAGUGAGGUAGAAACCGUCUACGUAUCAACAGAAAAGCCUCUGCCUCCCCGGAUGGAGUCUCUCUCCUUGUCUGAUGUCCAGAGUGAUUCUGUCCGCCUUACCUGGGAGGUCCAGGGUGGAGAAUUUGAUUCUUUUCUCCUUUAUUACCGGGAUGGAGAAGGAAAACCUCAGGAGAUUCCAUUGGAUCGGGAUCUCAGAACAUUCACAGUCAGUGACCUGAAGCCAGGAAAGAAGUAUAAGUUUGUGGUGUAUGGAAUUGAAGAUGAAAAAAGAAGCAAGCCAGUAACAGUGGAAGCCAUUACAGAGAAGCUUCAACCACCUCGAUUGGAGUCCCUCUCUGUAUCUGAUAUCUACACUGAAUCCGUUCGCCUCAGUUGGGAAGUUCACAGCGGUGAAUUUGACUCCUUCCUUCUUUAUUAUCGUGAUGCGGAGGGAAAACCCAAGGAAGUAACUCUUGAGAGUGAACUCCGCAUGGUUGAAGUUGAUGACUUGAGACCUGGAAAGAAGUAUAAAUUUGUUCUUCAUGGUGUCUCGGGUGGAAAGAAGGGCAAGGGAGUGAUAGUAGAGACCACUACAGCCCCCAGGGACAAACCAGUGGAACCUUCAAAGGCUCCUCCAUCUGCUCCUCGUCUUGUGGACCUACAGGCUUCUGAAGUAGGAAAGGACUCUGUGAAGUUGUCUUGGACUGUGGAGGGCGAGGUGUCGUUUGAUUGGAUUGUGGUGCAGUACCGGGAACCUGAAGGAGGUGUUAGGGAGGUGCAAGUUCAAGGGCACGACAUUAACACUAUUAUAUCUGGACUCCUACCAUCCAGAAAAUACAAAUUCAAUGUAUACGGGUUGAGAGGGGAGAAGAGGAGCAAACCCCUAUCUACUGAGAUUGAGACAGGUUAUCCUGAGGUCAUAGGUCCAUCCUCCUCAGUCCUUGAUGAUCUCUACAUCACUCCAAGAGGUCCACAUGCCAUCCUCGUAUCAUGGGAGGUUCCUGAUAACUCGUUUGACAGUUUCAUUGUUCGAUAUGGGCUCCCAGAACACGUGGCACCCCUAAAUGAGAUGUUAACCGAUGGGUCUGCACGUUCACUGCUUAUAUCUGGACUAAAACCAGACACACUUUACAAUGUCACAUUGAGUGGUAUCCAAAGUGGAAAGGAGCAGGGAAUGUUGAAAGGCAAAGGAAGGACAGGACCACUGGACCUGGAGCCUCCUCAGAACCUGAGAUUUGAUGAAAUUAAGGAGUCAUCUGUAGUUGCAAAAUGGGAUCCUCCAAAUGCUGAAACAACCACAUUCAAAGUAUCUUAUCAGCUUGCAGAGGGAGGAGAACCGGAAAGUGUCAACGUAGUUGGAACAAGCACUAGUCUGAAGGACCUGACCCCAGGAGCUCAAUACGAGGUUACUGUGGUUUCAGUUCGAGGUUUUGAAGAAAGUCAGCCUUUGUCUGGUUAUGUGACCACAGGAGGUGGUGGACCACACUCGCUACGUGUUUUCGAUGUGAGUGAAGUGUCCGCUCUUUUACGCUGGGAGCCUCCUCAAGGACAUGUGGAUAAAUAUAUAGUGAUAUAUAAAGCAGAGAAUGUUCCCGCAAUAACAAUGGAUGUUCCGGGUGAUCGCACAGAGCUCCCCCUCUCCAGCCUCUAUCCUCACACUGAAUACUUUGCGAGUGUGCAAAGUGUAAGAGAGUCCGGGACAAGCAAACCAACAUCCACAUCCUUCACCACUAGUGCCAACACUCCGAGAGACCUUUCUGCCAGUCAGAUUACGGCUCGUAGUGCCCUGCUCACAUGGAAAGCACCUCCAACUAUUCCUGACGGAUAUCAGCUGAUUUAUCAGACACCGGAUGGCAGAAUGAAGGAAAUAAGUCUCCCUCACAAUCUUACAAAUUAUACUAUGAGCCAACUCGACCCUCUGACACAGUACAGAGUCCAGCUCCAUUCCAUUCAUGGUGGUACAAAAUCAGCACCCAUCUCUACCUCCUUUACUACAGUACGAGUGAGGUACCCAUUCCCUCGAGAUUGCUGGGAGCAGAGGAUGAACGGAGAAGUCCAUAAUGGAAUAUUCACUAUACACCUGGAGGGAGAGAGAGAGGAGACCAUGAUGGUAUACUGCGACAUGGAGACUGAUGGAGGUGGCUGGAUUGUCUUCCAGAGACGGAUGGAUGGAAGUACAGACUUCUACAGAGAUUGGAAUUCUUACAAAAUGGGUUUUGGAAACCUGACUUCAGAGUUCUGGCUGGGUAAUAUUGCCUUGCACAAGCUCUCCUCCUCAGCCCCCUCCGAGUUACGUGUAGAUCUUCGAGCUGGCGAUGAGGCUGCAUACGCUGUGUAUGAUGAUUUUAUUGUGGAGUCUGAAGAUCGUCAUUUCAGGCUAAGACUGGGAGCCUACAAAGGCACCGCAGGGGAUUCCCUGUCUUACCACAACAACAUGAUCUUUUCCACUCGAGAUCGAGGUGCACAAAAAAGGAUCCUACCUUGUUCUGUGUCCUACCAUGGGGCGUGGUGGUACCGCAACUGUCACUUUGCCAACCUCAAUGGGUUAUACAAUAACAACAAAGACCACCAGGGUAUGAACUGGUACACAUGGAAAGGCUUUGAGUUUUCUAUACCCUUUACCGAAAUGAAAAUGCGCCCUAGAGGAGGAGGAAACCAGAACCGUCUCUAGAACCCUGAUAGUCGAAAACCACUAAACUGAAAACUGGAAGCAACGUGGCACCUCCUGCAACCUUGUGCACCGUCCUUACAGCCAGGACACACAAAUAGGUUGAAAAGUAGACCAAAAAGAACCAAAACAAAUUGGAUCAAUAUCAGAAUUUAGUGCCAUAUUAUUUGCUUUGCUUAUUAGGAUCUACAGGUGGAUGAAAAGAUUCUAGAAAAGGUCUACAUCUUACGUAAGCCCAAUUUUUAAGGGCACGUCUGUCAAAGGCUUUGUACCUUUGAUAAACUCUAGGUAGUUUAAGGCUAUAGAAAGCAUCAGAACCUGGAACAAUGAAUGCAAACAAUUCUAGAAGCAAGGACACUAUAAAGCACCAAAUUAGGGAGACAGAGCUAAAACUAUGCUACAACUACUUGCAUGUAGAGCUACGCAGACUGAAGCUAAUGGAAAUCCACAAAUAAUCUAACUGUAACAUAUAAAAAGAAAACAAUAAAAUGCUUAAACAUGAGAAAAUAAAUGAGCAAAACUAAAAACAGAACCUCAGUAUUAUAUAUCCGCAAGUCACAAGGAAAUGUUUUUGCAAGGGUUUUUAAAAGGACAUGGGUGAUUGGUGAGUGUCACAGUAUCAAAAAGGGAACAGAGGUAAAUUUAGUACCUAGUGUUACCCUAUAACCUCCAUCAAUAAAAAAAAAUAUAAAUAUAUAUAUAUAUAUAGCAAAUGGAUACACUGUCUAUUUUUAUAAAAGCACAGCACUGGGAGAGAUAGGAUGGGGAGGGGAUAUGAUGGAGAAAAUGUGUUCUGUAACUGCUUCUAAUAAAUUCUGAUGGGACAUGA